AUGACUGCCACAAAUGGAGGCCGGUCAAAACUGCCCGUCUUGUUCUUCGACAUUGACAACUGCCUCUAUGCGCGAAGCACCAAGGUACAGGAACUCAUGUCUGAUCUCAUUGACAAGUACUUUGCCCAGCAUCUCAACCUCCCCGACGAGGAGGCGGUGCGGCUGCACAGCGAGUACUACACAAACUACGGUCUGGCCAUCGAGGGUCUUGUGCGCCACCACGAGAUCGAUCCCAUGGAAUACAACGCCAAGGUCGACGACGCUCUUCCGCUCGAGACCGUCAUCAAGCCGAACGCAGAGCUGCGCCAGCUGCUCCAGGACAUUGACAGGAGCAAGGUCAGACUCUGGCUCUUCACCAAUGCUUACAAGACGCACGGCGAGAGAGUCGUCAAGCUGCUCGGUAUCGACGACCAGUUUGAGGGAUUGACGUACUGCGAUUAUUCUGCGGUGCCGUUUGUCUGCAAGCCCAAUCCCGAUAGCUACAGGAGAAGCAUGCGUCAAGCCGGCGUCCAGAACCCUGCCGACUGCUAUUUCGUCGACGAUUCGUACAACAAUUGUAAGAGCGCCAAGGCCUUUGGGUGGACGGCCGCUCACUUGGUCGAGGAGGGCAUCAAGGAGCCGGCGACACAAGCAUCACAGUUCCAGAUUAAGCACCUGAGGGAACUCCGCGACAUUUACCCCCAAUUUUUCAAGUCGAAGUAA